AUGGAGCGUCGCGCGGGCGGGCAGCCCGCCGCCGCGCGCCGCCACGUCCUUCUGCUGCAGCAGCGCGCGCAGGAGACGGAGGGAAACGCAGCAGCGCGCGGAGCGCUCGGGCACGCGACCACCACCGCCGCCGCCGCCGCCGCCGCCGUCACCGUCCUCGCGAUCAUCAGCAUCAUCAUGGCAGCGGGAGCGAGCGUCUCCCGUCCCUGAACGCGCGAAGAAUGUCCGGCAAAGCGAGCAAGGAGCCCGAGGGGGUCGUCUCCAAAGUUAAAGUGAAACGUCAGAUCAAGAUCAUCGUGGAGGACCUGGAGAACAUCCUGGGCGACUUGAAGGAUGUGGCCAAGGAACUUAAGGAGGUAGUUCAUGAAAUCGACUCACUAACCUCAGACCUGCAGCUGGAGGAGGAGACGACAGACAGUUCCAAGACAGACACACUGAACAGCAGUUCCAGUAGCACCACCACCACCACAACUGCUUCCAGCAUAGAUAAAAUCAAACUACAGCAUGAGGACACCUCCCUCAGGCCUCCGUCGUUGCUCCCGGCUGUCCUGACGGUACUCAAGAAGCCGCGUCCUCCUCUGCCGCCUCCUCGUCUGACGCCCUUCCGAGGGGAAGAGCUCGGCCAGGUGUCGGGGAAUCCAGGCAAGGCUGUUGGGACUCUUCUUCGCAACGGAAUCGUCCCAGGGAAACAGAUCAACAGGGACCUGUGUCGCAUUCCCAAAAACAUUCCAGAGAAAGGGCCGGGGCCAGGGCCGGAUACGGGGCCAGGGGCGGGGUCGAUUCCGGGCCUCGCGCCACUGCUUCGGCACGAGAAGAACCCCCGGUGCUCCCAGGUGACGCGCGAGCGGGUCCGGUUUAGCGAGAAGGUCCAAUACCACGGGUACUGUCCAGACUGUGACCUCCAGUAUGACAUUCAAAACAUGGACCUAAGCUUAGAGUCUGAACCGGGAGACACGAAACUGAGCCCUUCCCACUGCUGCACGUCCCCCCGCUCAAGCAAGGUGGUCGAGAACGGGGGCAUCAGCGUCAGCCACAGUUUCCCUCCUACAAACCCGCCAUGUGUGCCUCAUCCUCUCGGCCCCAAACCGCAGAAGACAAUUCUCCGAAAGUCCACCACCACAACGGUUUAACGUCAGUCCCCCAGUCGUAAACAUUUUUAUAUUCAUAGUGUUCAUUUUUCAUUUCUACGAGCACUCUCUUCUCCAUGACAAAGGAAAAAAGAAUAAAUGGAUUAGGAAGAAAACUCAUUACCGAUACGAGAGCUAAGGAGAAACUGAAAGUGGACCGGAGAUGGAUCGUAAACUUGACAUAAAGCAGUGAGGAAACCAAGGGCAGCGAAGCAGUACUCAUCACCUGUUUGACUCUUUCAUUGGACGAGACUGAUAGCAGGAAGAACUGAGACCAAUCGUAGGAAAGAUAAGGUUAGUUUUAAGAAAAACGAGGGUUUCCGAGCAAAUUUGAGCAAUGACAGAAAGUCCCCAAACGUGUCUUUCAUAAGAGAGCUGCAAAGAACGUAACCGGAGCUGCUGCAGCUGAGGGGGAGUUUGCUGGACCAGGAAAAGAUAUAGAUGAGAUGCAGAAAGCACAUCCCACACGGUCUUUCUGGAUGGCAGCGAAAGUGGCGUUCACAGCCAGUGAGCACCGAUCAGCUGCGUGACCCCGAGGCCCCCCUUUCACUCAAUGCAGAGCCCCGGGGGGGGGGAGGGGGGGUUCCAACACCACCGAAUAAUUCACAAACAGAGACAAAGCGUCCUGGGACCCCCGGGGGCACGGUCUCAUUCAUGACAGAGUUCUGAAAAGGAGGAAAAUAAGAUUAAACCCCUGGAUUAAAAAAGUGGGACAAACUCAUCUGCAAUUAAAGUCACAGCUCCUUGUUUAAUGGUGAUUAAGGAUGCUCCCUCACUGAGCCCACCGGGGGAAGGCAACACGCCUCCCGGGGCAUUUGUGAAAGUAGCCGUCAAAAAUACGUAGGGAAAACGAAAUUACCACGAAAUGCAACAUGGAAACUUCAUCUUGGUCUCAAUUGUAAUAUGCAGUGAUUUUUUUUAACUUGUUGUUCUAAAAAAAUGUUCCUUCGUUGCUCCAUCGUGGGAAAAAUCCAUAUGCAGGUGCAACCGAAUCAUGACGAUCCAUUAUAAUUUGCUGUAUGGUGAGUGUGUCCAUGUAUCUGUCCGUGACAGGGAAGGGGAGAGGAGUCUUGUGUUGAUUUUGAAAAACAUGUCCGCCACUCUUAUCUGAGCCUGAAUAGACGUUGCCUCUGUUGGUUCAUUGUUAAAUGUCAGCCAUCGUUGUACCACAAUCUACCAAAGGGGGCAUGACAACUAACCCAGGUCACCAUACUAUACAGUACUUUGGUUCCCAUAAUAUUGAAGGGUGUCUUAACAAUUACUCUCUGGAUAUUACUAGAUGUUACUGUCUGCAUCCCAGAACCCAUUUCUCUGUUGCCAUAUGAACCUGCCCAGGUGUAACCAGGUGUUGAGCUCCAACUUUACCAGUCCAGCAAUGUCCGCAGUACCAUCACUGAUCCCUGAGGAGUCAGUUUGUUCUGACGUAAUGGAGGUGACUGAUGCGGUAUAUCUGUAUCACCUGUGGAUGUGGGUCCUCUACAGUCCGCUGCUUCUAGUCAUGAGACCCAGCAGGGAAAGAAUGGCCUCUCAGGGAACACUGUGGUCCUCAGGGACUCCUGAUGGGUUCAUGGACAUCUCCAGAUUGUCCUGCCUGUCUGCUUUCUCCACUCCUGGUGUUCUUCAGUGCUUGGUGGUGUUUCGUCUCCAUUCGUGGAAGCUGCAGGUUGGCUGACUGGCUAGGUGGAGAUGAGCCCGUGGAUAUUCAGGGUUCAUCGUCAGAGUUAUAAGUUUCCGCAUGCCAGAUGGCCCUAGAUUUGAGAGACAGCAGAUAGGGAACAUAGGGUGAGUUUGGUUUAGGUUUACGGUCUAGUGCAGUUAAAACAAGUGAAACAUAACAGUAAUAAGCAAAAUAGAUUCGUUUUAUACCCUGCAUUGGACUGGCACCCCGUCCAGGGUAUCCCUCUCCUAGCCUGGCACCCAGUGAUUCCGGGAUGGGCUCCAGACCAUCGAAACCCCGACAAGGACAACCUGUUAAUGAAAGUGAGAGAGUGAGAGAGUGAGAUUCCUUUUAUAGAUACAUUGUGGAGGUGGAUGAGGAGCUCUGCAGAUUAGGCCUA